GUUUCUCUCCUUCACCAACUCACACUAUCUCUGGACUUCUGGCUGUCCAAUGGUCUCAGACUACCUUGGUGACCACCUUUGGAAAGUAUAAGGGGAAGGCAUUUUGAAACAGAGAUUAUUGUCCCUCUGUGUUGACCUUUGAUUAUAUAGUGACCACAGGUGUUGAAAUUAGUGGCUGAUGAGCCAAAGAACUUGCCGUAUCUCUCUGUCUUUGUAGGGGUGGUCAGUAAAGAGUGGGAUUCUGCUAUGAAAAGUCCCUGUUGGGCAGCUGAGCAUAUGGUGAUCCUCUAGAGGUGACUGACUGACCCCAAACCACCUGGGCCAUAUGAACUUGUUGAGGUUGACCACCAUCACUCCAAAGCGCACCAGUCUGGUCCCAGAUCUGUUAAGAUAUUGCCUGGACUGACCCCACCUCUCUCCUUUCCUCUCAGCACAUACUGAGCUGCCGUUCACCCACUGUUGUCCUAUAAGAGAAAGGAACCAAGUACUUCUGUGGCAAGAAUGUACCGUGCAGGAGCAAAGAAAAUGAGGGCAGAGGGUGUGUGUUUUUUCCCUGGACUAGUUGGAAAAGGGGGAAUUCCUUAGGGAGGGGAAGGAGGAGGUGGCUUGGCUCCUGAGAAGGGUGGGAAUGUAAGAGGCUGGCUUGGAUGCAGCAGCUCCCCUACGGUGAUUUAUUUUUAGUUGGAGAGCUUGGGGUGGUGCCAGACCUGAAGAAGAAACUGAGGGGGGGGGCGACCCAGGAAUGAGUAGGACGGUUUCUGGGAUACAUCAGUUGAAUUCUCUCCCUGCUUAAGGUAUUUACUAUGCAAAUAUGGAACCUAGACAGCUAAAGAGAGAAGGGAUUGGCUGGAGUGCGCUGGAGGGGGUGGCUCUUCUUCCUCCGUAGAUUUAAGUAGGGGCCGGAGAGUUUAGUUGAGAUGCUCUGAAGAAGCAUACACGCCCCGGUAUUUGCUGCAUCUCGCCAUGCCCCAGACUCUUAAGCUGGCAACAAAGGUGUCCCAGCUUACGCGCUUGAUUCCGGAACUGGGUAUAAAGCUGGGUUUGAAGGGUAGGAAGAGAACCCCAUCGAUCCUGACAGACCUUCCUGGCCCUUCUACCCUCAGCUUCCUAGCAGAACUUUUCUGCAAAGGGGGGCUGUCGCGUCUACAUGAGCUGCAGGUGCAAGAUUCUGCCCGCUUCGGACCUGUGUGGUUUGCCAGCUUCGGGCCAGUGCAGACGGUGUAUUUGGCAGCUCCUACCCUGAUCGAACAGCUGCUUCGACAGGAGGGUCCCUAUCCCGAGCGCUGCAGCUUCUCCCCUUGGGUGGAGCACCGGCGACGCUGCCAAAGGGCCUAUGGACUGCUCACAGCGGAAGGAGAAGAAUGGCAGAGGCUCCGCAGCCUCCUGGCCCCGCUUCUACUCCGGCCCCGAGCCUCCGCUGACUACGCGGAGGCCCUGGACAGUGUUGUUUGCGACCUGGUGCGCCGGUUACGGAGACAGAGGGGCAGUCUAGGAGGAUCAUCAGACCUCGUCCGAGAUGUGGCUGGAGAAUUCUACAAGUUCGGCCUGGAAGGCAUUGGGGCCGUACUCCUGGGCUCCCGGCUAGGAUGUCUGGACCCUGAAGUACCCCCAGAAACGGAGAGUUUCAUUCGUGCAGUGGGCUCAGUGUUUGUGUCCACACUGCUGACCAUGGCAAUGCCAAACUGGCUGAACCGGCUCUUGCCUGGACCCUGGGACCGCCUGUGUCGGGACUGGGACCAGAUGUUUGCCUUUGCCCAGAAGCACAUAGAGCAGAGGGAGGCCGAGGCAGCUACAAGGCCCAUAGGGGAGCUUAAAAAUACCAGUGUAUCUGGACCUCACUUGACCCACUUCCUGUUCCAGAAAGAGCUGCCAUCUGCAUCUAUCCUUGGCAGCAUUGCUGAGUUACUGCUGGCUGGAGUAGACACAGUCUCCAACACACUUUCCUGGGCUCUGUAUGAACUUGCACGUCACCCAGAAGUUCAGACUGCACUCCAUGCUGAGAUCAUAGGUGCCAUGGCUCCUGGGUCUUCCACCCACCCCCCAGCCACCAUCUUGGCCCAGCUGCCCCUACUGAGAGCUGUAGUGAAGGAGGUGCUGAGGCUAUACCCGGUGAUACCUGGGAAUUCCCGUGUUCCAAACAAAGACAUCUGUGUAGGUGGUUAUGUCAUCCCCCAAAAUACUCUGGUUACUCUGUGUCACUAUGCCACAUCUCGAGACCCCGGCCAGUUCCCAGAACCAAAUGCCUUCCACCCAAUAAGAUGGCUGGGGGGACAGCCAGCUCCUCAUCCUUUUGCCUCCCUCCCCUUUGGCUUUGGUAAACGCAGCUGUAUAGGAAAGCGCCUAGCAGAGCUUGAGCUAAACCUGGCUCUGGCCCAGAUCCUGACCCACUUUGAAGUUAGACCAGAACCAGGUGCUGGGAUCAUAAGGCCAAUGACCAGGACAGUCCUGGUGCCUGAGAGAAGCAUCAACCUGAAGUUUGUUGACCGAUAAUGGUGUGAUUUAUCUCAGUUUUCCUUCUCCCCUAUUUGUUGAUGGAAGGGGAUUAAAUAGACACAAGUCUUCAAAAUGCCUGGAAAACCUUUCUUCCAUCCUCUCCAUGGGGAGGCCAAGGUCCUUUUGAACUGAACUGAAGAAUGACCAAAUCAAAGACCUUGAGACACACCUGGACAAAGGACAGGAAAGUUCAUCUGUUGAACAUGCACUAUGCAUUUGGUCCAGACCAGUGAGAAGGGUGGAAUAUCGUAGGCCACAAGGGAACUUGUUAAUAUCAGCCUUAAACCACAUGGAAGAAGGGCUAACCUGUAUGACUCUACCCCUUUCCAUCCAUCCUCUCUGAAGCCCUCUGAGCACUGGUCAUGUAGGCACUUGUCCUUGGCCAGUUAAGCCUGGAGCCUUAGGCCAACCCCCAGCCCAAGAUUUCUAUCUUACAUCAAUGCCAACCCAAAUCCUGCCCAUACUCCCUUACACAGCCUUUUUUGUAUUGUGAUUCUUCAUACUUUUGUAACUAAAAAAAUAAUAAUAUUCUCCUGCUACCCUUUCUGAGUUUCUCUGUCUUGCUCUUCACUCUUCCAGCUUUGGGGUGGUAAAUCUGGAUCUUCCCACCUGCAUUGGUUUCCCUGGCACUGGAAGUGACCUAAUGAUCACUGGGUGGUCUGAGCUCCUGGAAGAGUUUGUUGCAUCACUGACCCAGGCAUAUUACUGUCUGCUAUGGGAAACAGCCAAGCCUGGCUUCCUAUAAAAAAAAAAUAAAAGAGCAGGAGGGCCUGGAGAAUCAGGCUUCUAACCAAUGGGUUAGACAAAUCAAAGAGGAACAGAGUUGCAGGUUUGAGUAAAAGUGUUAGGACACCACAGAGAUGAGCAGAGGGUGUUAGGUGGUUUCCAAAGAGGGGACCUUUGGAAACAGGAUGGUCAAAACCAAAGGUAUUUUACAGAGUAACUCUCCAGUUCUCUGAGAUGAUUAUUUUGAGAUAAUCUCCUUCACAGGGCUGACACAGAUCAAAGCAUAGAUGGAAAUUGAGAAUUAUGGAAGGAAUAACAAAAAGAAAAGGCAGGUACAUUCAUAUUUUCCACACAGAGAUGAUGUAUACUGAGUAUAGGGCCAAGCAGAAACCCUCAGGCACUGAUACAGGAAGGGUAAAGGCUGAUUAGGCAAAAGGAAUUUCUAAUAUUUGACUCAGCAUGCCCCCCAGCCCUUCAGAUUCUGGGCACAAUUCUACCCCUUGUGAUUUAAAUAUGGAUUAACUCAUCUUUCUUCUGCAAUAAAUCUGUCAGUAAUCUCUACCUGGUUCCACCCCGCCCCCCCUAAAGUAGCUCAGGUAACCAACCCAGCACCACCACCACCGCAAAUCAGAGUGGAUCAAGUUUCACUUCAUACUUCCUCUUCUCCCUUUCUCCUACUAACCAUAGCUCAGUGGGAGACAGGGGGAUCUUUCUUAUCCCAGGCUUCUGAGAGAGAAUAUGCAUACAAAGUUUAUAAAAAUCCAGGACUUAUAAGCUCUUUGUACCAUUGUGGAAGAACAAAGAUGUGUGUAUAUUAAACACCAUUGUUCUUCUCCAUCCUUCCCGUCAAUAUUCUAGAUUCAAAAGCCUGUGUAUAUCAGGACCUUAACCAGACUGCAGACCAUUUGUGACUCUAGGUUCAGGGUUUUGUUUUUUUUUUCUUUUCUCCCCAGGUUCAAGGCAACCUAAACCCAGUUUCUCAUCCCCAAGUCUAGGUCUGAAGAGAUGGGUAUUUAUCAUUAACACACCUGCCCAUCAGUCUGUUGAGGACUACCCAAAAUUGUAUUCAAUGACCCUUCCAAGAGGAGCAAUAAUUUCAUAAAUAUCCUAGUGUACACAAGGACCCCAUAAGUUGGAAAAGGGAACUGUUCUGUUCUUCCACUCCCCCAUGCCCUAGUCUCACCCUCAGCCACCCUACUGAGGCCUUGUCUCAGAAACAGGAGGAAGGGGAAAGGCACUGAUUCACUUGGCCCAGACUCAGGCCCUGAAGGGCAAUAUGUAUGUAAGUACUUGUAUGUGUUUGAGCCUCAAUGUGAGGCCAUUACUCAAUGGGAGAGGGCCUGGAGGUGGAAAGGAGUUGGCAAAUACAUCCCCAAACCUGUAUGUCUUUGUCUAAGCAUGUCAGCGAAUGUGUAUGUGCUAGUGGUCACUUUCUGGAAAAAGAGCUGCCUUGUGGAUGGUAAAGUAACAGAUGAGGGAGUGCAAGUACCCUCUCUUCAGGAGGUAGAAUUGCCCAUUAGGAAGCGAGCUUUACCUUAGUCCCUUACCCACUGUGGCCUGACUUCAGGAAUAGGGCAAAGAAAGUUAGGGUAUAAGGGAGGACAGAAUUUGAUAGUGACUGGAAAAAUAAGUAGUGUGGGCAGGAGGGCAGUAUGUCCGCACCUCUAGAUGACUUAGAAUAAAAGGAAAACAUUUUCCUUCUACUCAGCUCCCUACAUCACUAUUCCACUCCCACUCUCUAGUUAGUCUAUUGGACAGCACCACGGACAGCACCUAGAUUGCAUCUGGGAGGGGAAGGGGCUCUUUCAAGCUUCUCAGCUGACCACGAAGAGGUGAGGGGAAGUCAUUGUAGUCAAUGAAGAAGCAUUUCCCCAAAACAACCCCUUAGAGGAUGAUCAGACCUUCCCUACAGGAAAGACUAAUGAUAAUAGGAAAGGAAUUAUUUCAACCCUUUAAACUCUAGAGUCCAUUAUGUUACCUGAAUAUUCUCAUUGCUGAUGAAUAAUUCACUUAACAUGACAGCAUAAACCAGAGGGCACAUAGUCCCAGGGCCUCCUGAGUAAGUGAACAGGCCUGGUGUUGACCCAUAUUCAGGUUAAGUCCAAUAGCUGCU